AUGUCUUUCUCCGAUUUCUCCAAGGUCGAGACCCUCAAGUCUUUGAACGAAUUCUUGACUGAAAAGUCUUACGUUGACGGUACCUCCGCCACCCAGGCCGAUGUUGCCGCUUACAAGGCUUUCCAGAAGGAGUACCCACAGUUCACCAGAUGGUUCAACCACAUUGCUUCUUUCACCGAGGAGUUCGACACCUUGCCAGCUGGUAAGGCUCCAGCUGCUCCAGCUGCUGCCGCUGAGGAGGACGACGAUGACGUCGACUUGUUCGGUUCUGACGAUGAGGAGGUCGAUGCUGAGGCUGAGAAGUUGAAGCAGCAGAGAUUGGCUGAGUACGCUGCCAAGAAGGCCGCUAAGGGUCCAAAGCCAGCUGCUAAGUCUAUUGUCACCUUGGACGUCAAGCCAUGGGAUGACGAGACCGACUUGGAGGAGUUGUUGGCCAACGUCAAGUCCAUUGAGCAGGACGGUUUGACCUGGGGUGCCCACACCUGGAUCCCAGUCGGUUUCGGUAUCAAGAAGUUGCAGAUCAACUUGGUUAUCGAGGACGAGAAGGUUUCCUUGGAUGAGUUGCAGCAGACCAUUGAGGAGGACGAGGACCACGUCCAGUCCACCGACGUUGCCGCUAUGCAGAAGUUGUAA